GUUUUAAUUCAGAAGAGAGCGGAAGAAGAAGAAAACCCAAAGAGAAGAAACAGAGAGAAAAAAAAAAAAAAGCAAAAAAAAGAAAGACAAUCGCCAUUCGAAAAUUGUAGGGUUUCAGAACUCUGCAGGGAAUGCGGAGAGAUGAAAUUUGCUUCGUUGAUUCAGUUUGAGUUGAUCGGAAGAUCCAAAACCUUCAUCAUCGGCGGCAGAAAUUGCCACCGGAAACACGUCGAAGACGGGUGAUCUAUCUCCUCUCUCUUUCAACUCUUUUAACCUCGUUUUAACUCACUCUCUACGAAGAAACAACACAGAAAUCAAUUAAUCUCGAUUCAAUCGAGUUCAAACCCGGCGGCGGAUAUGGCGGAUAAAGGCAGAGACGGCGGUCAUUCGAGUUUACUCGACGGGAAGUACGAAUUAGGCCGUCUUCUAGGGCAUGGAACCUUCGCCAAGGUUUACCAUGCUCGGAAUCUGCGAACGGGGAAGAGCGUCGCGAUGAAAGUGGUUGGGAAGGAAAAGAUCAUCAAAGUCGGCAUGACGGAGCAGAUCAAGAGAGAAAUCUCUGUGAUGAAAAUGGUGAAGCAUCCGAAUAUUGUGGAGCUUCACGAGGUGAUGGCGAGUAAAUCGAAGAUCUAUUUCGCGAUGGAGUUUGUUAGAGGCGGUGAACUGUUCUCCAAAAUCGCGAAAGGUCGGUUGCGAGAAGAUGUAGCUAGGGUUUAUUUUCAGCAAUUAAUCUCUGCAAUCGAUUUCUGCCACAGCCGUGGAGUUUACCACCGUGAUCUGAAACCGGAAAAUCUCCUCCUCGACGAAGACGGUAACCUUAAGGUCACCGAUUUUGGCCUCACCGCUUUCUCGGAGCACUUGAAGCAAGACGGAUUGUUACAUACGACAUGCGGAACUCCUGCGUACGUCGCGCCGGAGGUCAUCGGAAAGCAAGGAUACGACGGCGCGAAGGCUGAUCUAUGGUCUUGCGGAGUCAUCCUUUUCGUUCUUCUCGCCGGAUACCUUCCAUUCCAGGACGACAACAUAGUGGCGAUGUACAAGAAGAUUUACAGAGGCGACUUCAAGUGUCCGCCGUGGUUCUCUCCCGAAGCCCGUAGGCUAAUCACGAAGCUUCUAGAUCCUAAUCCGGUGUCCAGAAUCGGUAUCGGGAAGAUUACAUCGUCGUCGUGGUUCAAGAAAUCGGUACCGAAGACACUGAUUAGAAAGGAGGAGCAAGAACAAACAGAGGAGAAUUUGACGAAAUCAAAGCCACCGGCGGAAACAUUGAACGCGUUCCACAUAAUAUCUUUAUCGGAAGGGUUUGAUUUGUCGCCGUUGUUUGAGGAGAAGAAGAGGGAGGAGAAAGAGGAGAUGAGAUUCGCGACUUCAUCGCCGGCGAGCAGUGUGAUAUCGAAGCUUGAGGAAGUGGCGAAGGCGGUGAAGUUCGAUGUGAAGAAGAGUGAAUCGUGGGUUCGGUUGCAGGGGCAAGAGAAGGGGAGAAAAGGGAAGCUGACUAUUGCGGCGGAUAUCUUUGCAAUGACGCCGUCGUUUGUGGUGGUGGAGGUGAAGAAGGAUAACGGAGAUACUUUGGAGUAUAACCAGUUCUGCCGGAAGGAGCUCCGGCCGGCAUUGAAGGACAUUGUUUGGACUUCCCCGACGGGGAACUCAACACCAGCUUGAAGAAUUUGUGAUGAAUGAUCAGAUUUACGAGAUUGUGAUUUGGAGUUGGAGAAUGUUUGAGUUUUCUUUUUAUCAAAUGAUAAUUGCGUAUGAUUAGUUUGUUUUUUAUGAUGAUUGUCAUAAAUCGAUUGUUUUAUUUCAUGAUGUGGGUUUCUGUU